GUUCUCACAUUCUCCAAAGUGUGAUCGGCUGUGAAUGGGAUGAUGAAAGUGAUGAAAUCAAAGGUUUCAAUCAAUUUGGUUAUAAUGGAGAAGACUUCCUCGUUCUGGACCUGCAGACUGAGACAUGGAUUACUUCUAAAGCACAAGCUGUUGUGAUCAAACACAUGUGGGAUGCAGACAAAGCAAGAUUGGAGUACUUUAAAUCCAUCCAUAACUUUGUGUGCCAAAAUUUGGUGCCAGACCUGGUCUCAUAUAUGAGAAGUUUUCUGCAAGAUGCAGAGCGUCCUUCCGUGUUUCUCCUCCAGAAGACUCCCUCCUCAAUGGUCAGCUGUCAUGCCACUGGCUUUCAUCUCAACAGAGCUGAUCUGUUCUGGAGGAAAGAUGGAGAGGAGAUUCAUGAGGAUGUGGAGAAGGGACAGAUACUCCCCAACCAUGAUGGAACCUUCCAGAUGAGCACUGACCUGAACAUUUCAUUAAUCAAGCAUGAGGAUUGGAGAAAGUAUGACUGUGUGUUCCAGCUCUAUGGAGUAAAGGAAGACAUCAUCACUACCCUGAACAAAGAAGACAUUCUGACAAACUGGGUUUCUCCUUCAGAGGAUCCAGUUCCUCCUGUUGUUGGAGGAGCUGUUGUAGGUAUUCUGCUCCUGGUGCUCAGUGGAGCUGUCUACUGGUGUCGGAAAAAAAAUGGUGAGCAACAAUGA